CCACUCUCUGGUCAGCUGUGUGGUGCUGGUGUUUUUCUUUCAAAUUUAAAGUCAUGUCGUAACCCGAACCGACUUCGAAACAACACAACCCGACAGCCAAAUUUCCAGUGCAGGCAUUUUAGGCGGAAAACUCCAGCGGCAGACCGGUGCCCAGUCAUGUCGACCGCUUCGCGAGUGACUUUGGGACUGGCGGUCUCCAUUUCCACAGCGAUCAUAGGUUAUGUGCACUAUAAACAAUCGGCAGACCGCCUGAGACUGCACGAUGGUGUCCUGAGGGACGUUGAGCAGCAGCAACGGCGCAAACACGAGAAUACCUACACGCUGCAGCAGCAAAUAGACAUGACCAAGCAACUGAAGGCCAGGGAGGCGUCUAGCAACUCCUCCGACACGCCCGAACCUCCAUCGACGCAUCGCGCACAGAGUAAUCUUCAAGCGGAGAAGCCAGCAGUGCACAGUUAAGGCGAGGCUUUCAGAGGUGUUCCUCAGGGUGGAACGACUAAUCACGAUGGAAGCCCGCCAACUGACAUAGCUUGAUCACAAAUAUGCCAUUAAAUAUGCACCUAUUAAAAUCUAAGACUAACUCGGGGAAAAAAGAAUUUCGUUGUUAAAAUGCACGCAUUUUUGAUGAUUUAAGUAGUAAUCUUUGAUGUAAGAUUUCGUUUUAAGGAGAUUCCCUAGUUGACAGCGGCAUUUACACUGUUGAUCGUUUUCAGUUGGUGAAGCCAUCUGCGCAUGGAAAUAUAAUUAAAAUAAUGUGGUAAGAUUCAAUCUUACAAAGUAAAUUAAGACUGUAUGCCUAACAAGGGGUGGUUUCUUCCGGAUGUUAUGAGGAAACUUUUAUUUUGAGUGCCUGGACUUUUUGACAAUUAGACCCAAUUUUUACUAUGGCUUCCAGUAUAGUAUUACUCAAUUUUAUUAUUAUGAAUGUAUGUAUAGUAAAUUACAAUUCUAAUGGGCGCUCGGUAAAAUAUUUCGCGGGGGUUUGUACAUAGGUGGUGGUGGAACUCCCCAUCGUCAUUUUCCUUCCUCCUCCUCCUCA